GCAGGCUUGUAAACAACGCUGAACUGAGGACAAGAGCGAGGACUUUAGAAACUCAUCUAUAACUGAACAUCGCAUAUUGUUUUGUGCAACUUGAGUUUAUCCGCUGUUACUCUAGAAGUUUCACUAAUCGCUGACAAAAUGAGCAACCACGUUGACGUGAAAAACAUUGAACCGACCACUUUUGAGGACCGCUACUACGACGAAUAUGAAUAUUAUAACUUAACAGACCGUUAUACCGAGUGCGCUAGUCGCAAGGGCAGGACGAAGAAGGAGGCGAGCUGUAACACGAACAAACACAACCCUGCGGGACACGAGCGCAAAAUCGUGGAGAAGCUCCAGAAUUCUGAGAAGAAGUCCAAAGAGUGACGCAGAAGAGGACAACUCCCAAUGUUGACGAAUAGCUUAACACCGAGAAGACCAAAACCUUUUAAUUGAACAAUCAUGUUUGUCUCGUAGAUUGAAUCGGACGGCUAUUACUGGCAACCGACCACGGGUGUCUCUGCGGGAAACGGGCGCUGAGCUGCAGCGGGACCCGGGCCAGACUGACCCGUGAAGCGAGGGGUUUUGUCAGACACCCCGCUCUUGUGUGUGAGGUGGUCCUGCAGAACCAGCACCUGUUCAGAGGAACCGAUAUGCUUGUGAUGUUGAAUGUGCGUUUUAAACGGAAGCUUUGACCAUGUUUGGUGUUUUGGAAUGACAUUUUAAAAGUUCUCCUCUUUUAAUAAAGACCACUUUUCCCAUUAAAA